GCAACCUGAGAGAAACCUGCGAGAAAAACAGCCGCAGGCCGGCGAAAUCUUGGGGGCGAUGGCGGCGAAUGGAAGAACGGAGAUGGAGAUCGGUGCCGACGGCGUGGCCGUCCUCACCAUCUGCAACUCACCGGUCAAUGCUCUCUCCGUCGAAGUCUUGCUGGGCUUCAGGAAAAGCUAUGAAGAAGCUCUUCGGAGAAAGGAUGUCAAAGCUAUUGUUAUUACAGGGAAUAGAGGGACAUUUUCUGGAGGAUUCGACAUUGCUUCAUUUUGUGCUAUUCAGAGUGGAAAAUUACAGCAGCCAAAGGUUGGUUACAUAUCGAUAGAGUUUUUCACUGAUUUUAUGGAAGGAGCAACAAAGCCUUCGGUAGCUGCAGUUGAUGGUCUUGCUCUUGGUGGAGGACUGGAGGUUGCCAUGGCAUGCCAUGCGCGCAUUUCAACCCCCAAUGCUCAAUUUGGUCUUCCGGAACUUCCGCUUGGAAUCAUUCCAGGUUUUGGAGGUAAACUUAUCUCUUUUCUCUUUCAAUCAUCUCAAUUUAGCUUCUAUGGUACUUUGGUACAUCCAUUCUGA